AUGGCUUCGCCGUGCAGAGAAUCCCGGGAACGGUACCCGUCUCUCCACUUGUCCGCGAUCCCCGAAGAAGAAGCGCCACCAUCGCCGGAUUCUCACAAGACGGCACCACUUUCACCGCCGCUGCCAUCACCCCUUCCACCACCACCAAUACCGCCUCCAUGGGACCGGACUUGCGAUGCCAGAUUUUCGCGCAGUGGAGGAGCCACGGUCGACCAGACCGACUCAUGGCAGCAGGCCGUCUCGCAGGUGUACAGCAUCUUUGGCCGCGGAAGCCCACAGCAAACGGCAGAGGAUGCAUCGCCAUCGCUCCUUCGUCUCCCGGCGGCCGUCCGCCUUCGCCUCUACCAGCACCUCGUGUCUGCCCCAUCCGCCGACCGUCCCAUCUGCCUCAACCCCCAAGUGUUUACGCGUGCCGUCUGGCCCCGUGAGAGUUUUGACAGUCUUGCCACGGCCCUCGCGCCGCUCCAAGGUGCACUCCACGCCUCCUUUGCCCUCCGCGCCGAGGUCGUCGCCGCAUUUUGGCACGGCCGCCGCGUCCACGUCGUCUUCUCCCCUUACGUCCGCCCGGCCGUCUGCCCCCUGGCCACGCUUUUCCUGCAGCGGUAUGUCGGCGUCAUGGGUCGGUCGCCGGCCCUCACGCUCGAGCUGGACUGCACCCGGCUCGGGUACGGCAUGCACCCGGCCGCGGCAGGACUGCAGCCCGGGCUGUUGAGCAUGGGCGCGCUGGUCGAGGGAUUUGUCGAGGGCAUCAUAUCGACAAGCAUGUUUCCUCUGCGGCAGCUGGUUGUGCUGUGCCGCCGCUACUACGGGAACCGACCAGCAAGCACCACAGCAGGCGACGUGCCGUACGUCGGCCCCGAGGUGGAGCACGUCGCCGCGCAGCUGGCCCGUCUGGCCGGGCGGGUGGUGUCGGCGCGGCUGGUUGGGUUCUCGCCGGCGUUUACAACAACGAUGCUGGCCAUCCUGAGCGGGACGGGGACAUACGAAUCGUCCUCCCAGAUCGACAUCCACAAGCAAUCACCGUCCGACGCAUAUCCGUUGCUGCCCGGCCAUCAUGCUUACGUCGACGGCGGUCGGAGCCUGGGCCGAAUCUGCUUGUCAGCGACACAGCCGGCUCUGUCGCCACCGAUCGGUGCACAGGCCAACCUCGGCCACGACGACGAUGCCAAGACAGCGACGUCUUCGACGCGUGGCAGUCAAACGACCUCGCCGUCUCCAUCGUCGUCCUCGACAUCCUUGUCCCUUUCAUCGUCGUCGUCGUCGCUGGCGUCCACAACGCGUACGUCGGCCGUCGCACCGCGCAAGCUAACUGUGCCGUCCCUCACGCGCGCGCUCAACGUGGGCACCCGCCUGGCCGUCGUCCCGCGUCUGGCCCCGCCCGUCGCGUCGAGCAUCCAGCGCGGCAGCCGCAACAGGAGUCGGCCGCGGCCGCCGCUCGUGGCCUUGUUGGGCCUCUGUGGGACACAUCCGCGCAGCUUUGUCGGGGAGCGUCUGGCGGCCGCGGGUCUGGCCGUCGGCGUGGUUGGAUCGCCUCUGCAGUUGGAGGGGGAUCGUGUCGAUGUCGUCGACGUCGUCGAUAUCAUUGACGAAAAGAUGGUUGGGACAAUGGACGUCUGUGCUGAGGAGUCGGGUCACUUGUCUCGGCUGGAACAAGAGUCAGGUCACCGAUUAUGGGCAGGCACCAUGAGCAUCAUUGGCAGAGGCCGACAGGAGAGGCAGGGCCGGCAAGACCGGCAGGACCGGUCGCGGCGACGGCUGCAGAAGAAACGGCAUCUUGACGCGCCGCUCGUUUGGUAG